CGUAAUGUCACUUCCGGAAUAUUACUUCCGCAAUGCGAAAUUACUAAAUUGACUUGAACAAUAACAAGCGUUUGUCAUGCGUGUGUGCUACAUGUAUGGACAUUCUUAUGGAAGAAACCAUUAUCAUUUAUACAGUGUUCAUGGGGAUAAUCACAGUAUAUUAUAUCGGGUACGGAAAGUGAGUAUGGAUGACGCCGAGCGACGCAUCCUCAGGAAACACCACACCAAGUUACUCGAAACACUGGAUACCAAGUUCAUGAUUGAAGGCCAUUGAAGAUUAAAAUCAUGUAAAAUGACCAACAACAAUAAAGAUAUUUUCUCAUGCAGCUUAUGAACUGAUAAAGUGGGUGACAUACUAGACAAAUUGCAAAUUAUGUCUGCCCACACAUCAUCCCCUAUAUCGACCUAUGUUAAAUUCUUAACGCGUUACUUUUCUGUACCAGAAAUGGCAGGUGUUACUGAGAUAUGAAAGCGACUGGCGAGGAGAUAUGAACGCGACUGGCGAGGAUUGAUAAAGACAAACGGUUACUAUGGAAACUACGAAACAGUGCCAUUACACGAUCAGAAACGAUUUGAAAAUGAUGCAUCUUUUGAAGAAAAAAAAACACAUAUGUGUUUCGGUAUGGGUGUGUUUGUGAAUGUCUCUGGUGAUGGCGAUGUCACCGAUCGUUAUAUACCAGUCAUGAACAACUCUUCCACUGCCUUCUUUAUGUAAUAAGAUGGAACUGCAAUGUAAGACGGUUGAAGAUGCAAUCAUAUAUGGAUAACUAUAAAUUUUGCGGAAAAAGCUUUGCAGUAUGCCCAGAAAGAAAGAAAGGGCAGCAAUCUAUUGUAUUUAUCUUAGAUUUAGUGUGUUAACACGAACGUUCAAGUACAUAUGUUAGUAUACAGGAUAACAACGGCCUAAUGGUAUGUUGGUUAUAUGUGACACAUCUCAAAACGAAUCGUCAUAUAUUGAUGCAGAUACAAAUUGUUUUGUGGCGUAUCAUUAUCUAAGUAUUAUUGCAAAACAACUUAGCAUUUUAUACCCAAAAGAGAUAUUCGAUAUCUGAUGGAACAAUUGAGAUAUCAUUAUUAAUUUAGGAGAUAUCUUAUAAAAACAGUUAUCUUUAAAUGUGUAUUGGAUAAAUCUUUAAAUGAAAAAGAGAUGCUUCUGAGUGAAAUAAAGAUAUGUUUGAUUGGAAUAGAGAUAUAUCUAAUUGAACUAAACAUAUCUUUUAAAUUGUGUUAAAGCUAUCUUUAUUUCACUUGUAAGAUAUCUCUUUUACUUUUGCGACCACUGUUUUGUUUUAAAUGUUUAGCUGGCUUGCUAAAUGAUAGAAAAUUGAACAAGUUGCAUAUCAAAAAUAUGGCUUUAACUUUAUCACUUUCAAUUUGAGUAUGUCUUUUAUUCCACCUCAUAAAACUUCUUGUAGACAUAAACCGUACUACAAUCGGUUAGAUUAACUUUAAAAUUUAUUCAGUGCGGUACUGUGCUGCAAUCUACCGUGUGUAACCUAUGUGAGCUGUGGUGUGACUAUACCAAAAGUCUGGUGUAGUUACGAUGAUCAGAAAGAUUGUAUGCACAAUGUAUUGUAUUGUUUUGCUGAUGGCCGGGUAUCUACCUGACUAGAUAUUGAAGUAAAUAGGAGGAGUGAAUUGACCUGAAAUCCUCGCACAUAUCCAAGUCCUCUGAUCUGUCAAGUAAGUAUCAAACUAAAUGAAACAAAAAGCGAUUAUCGCGAGCCAACCUAGUUCAAUACCUUUGUUAUAUCAAAUACAGCCACAAUCAACUGUUAAUAUUAUAUCCAUUAUUAAGUUAACAAAACUGUUGACUUGUUGAGUGAACAAACGAAUCUCAUACAGAUAUACAUCACACAUGUAGACCAAUAGUUUCAAUAUUAGAAACUGAAAUGUUCAGGGUAGUCUAACAUUUAUCCGGAUAGGAAUGUGUCCUUUGGCACACCAGUACAAAUGCGAUAGGCCUUUAUUAUGUCAUAAAAGGCUAUAAUGAAAUUUUAACCCAAUUUUUUUAUUUACUUUUUUUGUGCUUUAAUUCAUAUUUUUUUUAUUUAUUUAGUUCACCAUUGUUUAUACACUACAAAAAAAUACCAUUAUAUAAACUAACUGAACAGAAUAUCGUAGCUAGACCGUGACGUUCUGAUUUUAUGUACAAUUACUAAUCUAUUGUAUCAUUUUAUUACAAACCAAUGAACCACUUUGGUUAAUACACACGACAAUAUCGAUGUAUAGCGAUCUAUUCAUAGUUGUUGAAUAACAUUGCUUAACAAUCGGAUUUUUUGCCAACUUUGUGGUUUAUUGUUUAGUGUCUUAUCUUUACCGCAAAACUAUGUUUUUUUAAAUUCAAACAGACUAGAGCUUCAAAAUAGACCAUCAUGUCGAACGUCUUGUCUGUCAGUCUAGAGGACAUUGCUUUAUUGUCUCUCAUUCAGUCUAUUUUGAGUGAAUGCCUUCGAUGUGCACCAUAAAGUUAUAAUUAAUUAUUGUAAGCGAAAUAACAGAUAACUAGUUUUUAAAAUAAUAUAUAUUUCAGCAAAUGCAUGAUCAUUUACCAUAAAACUAUGGUCCCGGAGGUAUUAUCAUUUUCUCCACUUUUGGUAUCAGUUUAUAUACCAGAAAUUGCAUAAGGAUUGAAUACUGGGAAAAUACAUAUUACAUAUUUAGAAAAUGAAUUUGGUCAAGUCAGUCUCAUUUAAGAACAUCUAUGCUGAACUUGAGAAACCGUAAUUUUCGAAAAGUUUAUUCUAGUGCGUGUUAGCUUUUUUUUUUUUUUUUCAAAAUAGUUUUUUCAAUACAUUGACAAUAAUAAUGGAUCAGUAAUCCAUUCAGAUCAUAUCAUAACCUAUUUGUCACCAAUCAUCUUUCAUAUCACCACUCAUACCAUACAAAUUAUGCAAAACGAAAUUUGUAUCACUAAAGAUUACAUAUGGAUAGGUAUUAUUUCAUUUAAUAUCACACUGUAUUGCUAUAAGGAAGAAGGGAGGAUAAAAGGAAAGAAAAAGAAGCUGGUAAGAGAAUAGAAAUGAGAAAGAAGUAAAGAAAAGAGCGUGUUAGCUUUUGUUUACUGAGGAAAACAUUGAUAUUUAUAUAAAGUGCGAGUAUUUAUAAAAUUUGCUAACCGGGGAAAUGUGAUUUUGCAAUUUAAAAUAGCAGUGCAAUGUAAGUUAAGCCCCUUGAACAACAAUAAAAAAUAAAGGUAUGUUGGUUAGAACAUUUUCCAAAUAUGAAUUCAUCAUUUAAAAGCCAGUUAUAUAUCUUCGGACUGCAGUUUCUAUAGUGGUAAUACAAAAACUGUUUUGCUUAGAAUUUAGUAACAAUUAAAUAGAAAUCGACUUUUCAUCAUUUUCUCUUUGUUAAUAGAAACGUUAACUUGAAGUGUGAUACUUGUCAAUAUUUAACAGGACGGUUUUUUAUGUGAUUCGGGAAACACAUUUCGAUUCAAAUUUCAAUAUAUGUGUCAAACAACUAAAUUGCCCAUUGCCUGCAGAAAAUUUCACAAAAAUUACCAAGUUGGCACCAUUUCAAUAUCCUGUUUUACGCAUUCUAUGAAAAAACUAAAGAUUUACAUUUUUGAUAAUACAUUUAUCACUAUAAGGGUAAUUGUAUCGUCAUUUAUAAUUUUAGCAAGUCGAUGUUUUCUGUGCAAGUUUUAAAUGUUCAAUAUCAUGAAAAAAGUAUUAGUAUUAGUAUAUUAGUAUUUUACAACGUAUUAAUUAUAACUGAAGCUCUUUUGAUUUUUUUUAUCCAUAUAAAGUUGCAGAAUAACACAACAAAUAAGGCAAAAACGGGUUUCAUGAUAAUCAUCCUUUCUUUUUGUGUUUCUUGGGGUCCUGUUCAUGUUUCCUUUCAUUGGCAAUGUGUUCAACCUCGCUAUUAUGCAGUGGCAUUAUGUAUUAUUUAUUUUCUCUGCCUUGAAACUGUGAAAAAAAAUCUGCAUCGUAUUUAAACGCACAGAUGUAUGUUAAUGUAUCAUAAUGAAAAUCAUUCAAUAAAACUUUCCAUGUAUAUAUCAGGUUUAUGAAGCGUAUAUGAUAAUAUCAGGUUUAUGAAGCGUAUAUGAUAUAUAUUUAUAUUUCUUUAGGUAUGAAUGACGACGAGCGUCAUGUCUUACGGAUACACCAUACCACGUUGUUGGAAACCUUGGAUACGAAGUUUAUGAUACCAUUUCUUUAUGAAAAAGGAAUUGAUUUUGAGGAGAACUGCUUUGACAACAAACUAGCACGACCAGAACGCGUUAAUAACAUGCUUUUAUCCCUGAAAGACAAAUGUCAUUUUGAUUUGUUUAUUGAGUGUCUCCGACAUGACGACUCAUAUCCAUAUAUCGCUGAUGACUUGGAGAAAGAACUUGAGAGUGUUGAUAGCUGUAACGGUACCGUUCAUAAUCAAAGAAAGGUUCAUUUGUUCACUGAUAGACGGCAGAACGUGAGUGACUUUCGGCAUAAAAUGAAACGAUGUUCACAUGAAAAAGAUUUCGAUACUUUCCGGGAGUGCUAUGACAAGGCCAUUGGCGACUGGGAAUAUGUGAAUAAUCACAGAAUUAAAUUUAAUCAGCAACAAAGACAGAAAGCUGCCGACUUCUGCCAUGCGGCCUAUGAUGCAGAAAUUGAACGGCGGCGAGUGUUUUACGAAAAAACACCACUAAAAGGAGAUGUACUGGACGAGCUCCUCCGUAUGUGUGCUCACACCUCCUUACCAAUCGCGUCUGAUACUUUGUUUUUAGCGAGAUACUCAUCUGCACUGGUAAUGGCUGGUGGAAGUCUGGAAGAAGGCCUCACUUACAUAGAAGACGCUGAACACAAGAUGGCGCUUCUUCCAGCAUGUAGGGAGACGGGACUCGUGCUUUACAUCAAAUUUAACUUCCUGUUGCUGAAACACGAACGCGACCGGACCAGGAUUGACAAGGAAGAACUAUCGAAACUUGGAAACAGUGUAAUUUCACACUUCAGUACAGAAUCAGACACGAUCAGUAACGAUUUCAAGAGAAUUUUUCUGCUGAAGAAAGCACACACUUGCCUAGACAUGGGUGUGUUUCUGAAUGUCAUUGGUGAAUUCGAGGUCAGAGAUGUCCACAUAGAAGAGGCUGAACGCCUGCUGAACGAAUUACACCGGCCAGAACUAUGGGAAAGGAUGGAGCUACGGGCAAAAAUGGUGUAUACAGCAAUCAGGUCGCGUCUGGCCCAACUGAAAGAUCCCGAGAGGCCGGCCGAGGCCAUCAAACUUGCUAAAAAGUCGUUACAAUUUGCCAAACGAGGACAUUUUCCGAAAGAACAGAAAGCCAUUGAUUAUAAUUUAAGUCUGCUAUCCGGAAAGCAGAAUGCUUAGCCAGAGAUGUACAAGAAACGACUAAGAAGGAAAAUAUCCGUAUAAUAAGAGAGCUCCUCAAAACAGCACGAAUACUCCGCCAGCAUACACGAGUACUAAUACAGAGCACAAAUGCUCCGCCAGCAUACAUGAUUACUAAUUUGUGCCUGAUAAGGCACCCACCGCGAAAUCCAAAAACUGCAUUGAUUGUAAUAAUCGACUUAUGAUUUGCAUUAUAAUGUAAUGUUUUUUAAACACCUUUUUGUAGAUUAUGUGCUAUAUCAUGUGUCGUACACACAGAUGAGUAGGAUCCUUUAAUACAGUCAAAUAGGUGUAAGUUAAGCACUGGAAUAUUCGAGUAAACUUUUUACCCUUUCUGAUUCUUUAGGGAAAGGUGAAUCAUUGUUGUCGACAUUUCAAGUAAUUUAAUAGUUAAUUGCAACAUACCUAGACCGUGACAUGCUGACUCGAAUUAAUGCCUGCCCUUUUAGAAGAUGUAACACAUGUCAUUAUAAUUCAUCUACUGAUGUGAUGACAUGUAAAGAAUGAAAGCAAGAAAACCCUCAAUGCCUUUAAAGUAAAUUCCGUCGUAGUUAAUUGAUUGUACCUACUGUUCCAGAAAUUUCCUACCAACUUUGGCUACAUUCACAAUGUAAACUAUUUAACGAUGAACAAGGCAGUUUAACAUACACCUUCAAAACUGUGUUUUACUUUUCUUGGCUACUGCUUCUUUCAGGCGGGUUUUCAUCAAAAAUGCAUAUUAAUCAAGCCGAGUCUCGGACAAAAAUAGACUUUAUUGUUCGCAAUAUUCCUGACUUAAGGUCGAAUGAGUGUAUUGAUAAACGGAAAUAGGAAGUACAUCCCUAGUUGAAAAUCCAAAGUAGGGAGACAGUAUCACAAU